AUGAGACAAUCCAAUUAUCAUGUUUUACUUAUCCUUGAUAGUGCCCCCUCACAUAUUAUUAGUGCUAUCACUCUUACUAAUAUAAAAGUGCUCUUGUUGUCUCUAUAUAUGACAUCAAAAAUUCAACCCAUGGAUGCUGGCAUCAUUGCAUUAUUCAAACUUCAUUACUGUCAUAUUCAGCUUCAAUAUGCAAUUGAUCGCGAUGAAGCCGAGAAGAAAGAUAUAUAUAAAGUUGAUCAAUU